UUCGGAGCUUGGAAGCCAGCUCCCCAAAGACCCUCCGAGCUGUGUCCUCUUGCCCACAUCCCCAUGUCUCUGACCGCUGACUUUCGGCUGCUGGACUUUUUCGCUUGAGCCAUCCGCAGGAGACCAGGGCGGCCCUGCUUGAGGACUUGGCGGGGGUUGCUUUGCGGCAGUGCGCGUCCCCUGGCAGUGCCCACGGCGGUGACGGCGGGGAAACUCCGAGCCUAUAGAGCUACCAGGAGCGGGAGACAGCGGCCACUGGGGCUCCGCGGGGCGGGAGCCUGGGACUUGUAGGCGGCCCACGCUCUCGUCCAUGAACUGCAUGAAAGGCCCGCUGCACUUGGAGCACCGAGCAGCAGGGACCAAGCUGUCGGCAGCUUCCUUGUCCUCUUCCUCUUGUCACCAUCCCCAGCCGCUGGCCAUGGCUUCAGUUCUGGCUCCCGGGCAGCCCCGCUCCCUGGACUCCUCCAAACAUAGGCUGGAGGUACACACCAUCUCCGACACCUCCAGCCCCGAGGCCGCAGAGAAAGAUAAGAGCCAGCAAGGGAAGAAUGAGGACGUGGGCACCGAGGAUCCGUCCAAGAAGAAGCGACAACGGCGGCAGCGGACACACUUCACCAGCCAGCAGCUGCAGGAGCUGGAGGCUACGUUUCAAAGGAACCGCUACCCGGAUAUGUCCACGCGCGAAGAAAUCGCCGUGUGGACCAACCUUACUGAAGCCCGAGUCCGGGUUUGGUUCAAGAAUCGCAGGGCCAAAUGGAGAAAGCGAGAGCGCAACCAACAGGCCGAGCUGUGCAAGAAUGGCUUUGGGCCUCAGUUCAAUGGGCUCAUGCAACCCUACGACGACAUGUACCCCGGCUAUUCGUAUAACAACUGGGCCGCCAAGGGCCUUACAUCGGCCUCCCUGUCCACCAAGAGCUUCCCUUUCUUCAACUCCAUGAACGUCAAUCCCCUGUCGUCACAGAGCAUGUUCUCCCCGCCCAAUUCCAUCUCGUCCAUGAGCAUGUCCUCCAGCAUGGUGCCCUCAGCAGUGACGGGUGUUCCGGGAUCCAGCCUCAACAGCCUGAAUAACUUGAACAACCUGAGCAGCCCGUCGCUGAAUUCCGCUGUGCCGACGCCGGCCUGUCCUUAUGCGCCACCGACUCCUCCAUACGUUUAUAGGGACACGUGUAACUCGAGCCUGGCCAGCCUGAGACUGAAAGCAAAGCAACACUCCAGCUUCGGCUAUGCCAGCGUCCAGAAUCCAGCGUCCAACCUGAGCGCUUGCCAGUACGCCGUGGACCGGCCUGUGUGA